AUGGAUCUUUACUGGGAUAACAGUUCAAACGUAAAUGGAAACUUCUGUGAAAUCAUCAGUCAGUCAUUCACGGGAAGGAUUCUUUUCCCGGUGUAUUACAUUUUCCUGCUAAUUGGUGGUUCCUGUGGAAACAUUGUAGCCAUCCAUCUGAUUCUCAAGAGAACGAAGAAAGCCAAUUCUUCUGACAUCUAUAUAAUCAACCUGGCAGCGUCGGAUGCCCUGUUUACCCUUGCUCUGCCUGGACGUAUAGUCUAUUACAUUUUACAGUCUAACUGGUUUUUAGGAGACUGGAUGUGCAGACUGACCGCAUUCUUUUUCUAUAUGAAUACCUACGUUGGGAUUUAUUUUAUUACUUGUGUGGGUGUUGAUCGUUACAUCGCUGUAGUGCAUGCCGUAAAGUACAGGAAAUUCAGGAAGGCCCGCAAUGCCAAAUACAUCAGUCUUGUUGUUUGGUGUCUUGCAUUUAUACAGACAAUGCCGCUACUCAUGAAGUCAAUGACCCAAGUGAUAGAUAAUUCUGUGACAUGCAUGGAAUUCCACAAGUUUGAAACAAUCCCUAAUCUGCCCCAGCUGCUGUUAGUAGCUUGUGUCUUAUGUUAUAUUACCCCAGCCUGCGUCAUACUGGUAUGUUAUCACCAGAUUAAUCUAAAACUGUGCAGGUUAUUGAAGGAGAGUGCUUCAGUGGACAGAAAACAACAUUUCAAUAAGGCAUUUACAGUAAUCCUGGUUGUAUUAUUGACAGUGAUAUUAUGCUUUUCCCCCUAUCAUAUAAAUAUCAUCCAAUACAUGGUACGGAAAUUACUGUACAAGCCAUCCUGCCGAGAUUAUAUGGUUUUCAAGAGGACCCUCCAGAUCACUGUGGCUCUCAUGAACAUGAACUGCUGUAUAGAUCCUAUCAUCUAUUUCUUUGCUUUGAAAGGGUACAAGAAAAAGAUUGCCAGCAUGUUCAGAAGAAAUGUCUCAAUUUCAACAUCACCUCCAGAAAGAGAAAGCCUGGGCGGAACAUUAGACAUACUAUGA